GUCCUGCUCAGUCGUCAGGGCCCGGCCAAUCCGGAGGGCGCUCGGCGCGUUGCGGGGGCCAGGAUCGCGUCUGGCCUGCAGUGCGCAGAGGACGCGGCGGGAGCAUGUACCGGCUCCUGAGCCGGGGCCUCGGCCGAGGCCUCCUGCGGGCCGCGGGGCGGCGGUGCCGGGGCUGCUCCGCGCGCCUGCUCCCGGGGCUGGCAGGAGGUCCGGGCCCCGAGGUGCCGGUGCCGCCAUCCCGAGUCGCGCCGCACGGCCGGGGCCCAGGCCUGCUGCCGCUGCUGGCAGCGCUCGCCUGGUUCUCGAGGCCCGCUGCGGCAGAGGAGGAGGAGCAGCAGGGAGCCGACAGGGCCGCUGCCGAGGACGGGGCGGACGAGGCCGAGGCAGAGAUCAUCCAGCUGCUGAAGCGAGCCAAGUUGAGCAUUAUGAAAGAUGAGCCAGAAGAGGCUGAGUUAAUUUUGCAUGACGCUCUUCGUCUCGCCUAUCAGACUGAUAACAAGAAGGCCAUCACUUACACUUAUGAUUUGAUGGCCAACUUAGCAUUUAUACGGGGUCAGCUUGAAAAUGCUGAACAACUUUUUAAAGCAACAAUGAGUUACCUCCUUGGAGGGGGCAUGAAGCAGGAGGACAAUGCAAUAAUUGAAAUUUCCCUAAAGCUGGCCAGUAUCUAUGCUGCGCAGAACAGACAGGAAUUUGCUGUUGCUGGCUAUGAAUUCUGCAUUUCAACUCUAGAGGAAAAAAUUGAAAGAGAAAAGGAAUUAGCAGAAGACAUUAUGUCAGUGGAAGAGAAAGCCAAUACCCACCUCCUCUUGGGCAUGUGCUUAGACGCCUGUGCUCGCUACCUUCUGUUCUCCAAGCAGCCGUCACAGGCACAAAGGAUGUAUGAAAAAGCUCUGCAGAUUUCUGAAGAAAUACAAGGAGAAAGACACCCACAGACCAUUGUGCUGAUGAGUGACCUGGCUACUACCCUGGAUGCACAGGGCCGCUUUGAUGAGGCCUAUAUUUAUAUGCAAAGGGCAUCAGAUCUGGCAAGACAGAUAAAUCAUCCUGAGCUACACAUGGUACUCAGUAAUCUAGCUGCAGUUUUGAUGCACAGAGAACGAUAUACACAAGCAAAAGAGAUCUACCAGGAAGCACUGAAGCAAGCAAAGCUGAAAAAAGAUGAAAUUUCUGUACAACACAUCAGGGAAGAGUUGGCUGAGCUGUCAAAGAAAAGUAGACCUUUGACUUAAAUUCUGUCAAGCUCUAAAUCCAUUUUUGUGUAGGGAGAAUCAUGUCUAGUAAUGCGGAAGAAUAGCUGUCAUUCCUGUCUCUUUGGCACCCAGAUCAAUGGCUUAAAUCUGUCGUUUUUGAUAUUCAGGUUUCCUCAAUUGAGCCUUAGUGAAGGAGGGGUUGUAUACACUGCCAUUUUUGUAUUUUAAAGGAAAAAUGACUUUCAUUCCCAACUGAUUAUGACCUUUCAGGAUGUCGUCAAGUGAUGCUUUCAGUUGUAACACAUGAUUUGGUGCUGUCCCUGCUGCUCUAAGUAGAACUAUAGAUUAAUAUGGGCUGGUGUUCCUGUGCGCUGUGGGUGUGGUGAUUCAGCCUGGCAUUUCUACCAUAAGUUUUUGGUCUACUGAUUUGCUGCCCUCUCUUCUCUUACUUUAUCAAUACCUGGCAAACUGACCAGAAUUACCUUCCUCAUGGCAAAGGGGGAUUAUGGUGAAUUGUUUUUCUUAUAGUCUGUUUCAUGAAGCACAAGUGGAAUUCAAUACAUAAAAGAGAAAAAUAUCUUAGUUUGCUACCAGCAUCCAGCAUGAAGUUUUAAAGUGGGGAUUAGGCACGUGACAGUAUAGCACCCAUUUGAAUUUAAGUAAAAGUGAACCAUAUUUAUCUGGUUAUAUAAAACUAAAAAUGGGGGUGUUUAUAUAGUUUAUAUAAAACUAAAAACUAAGAAUGAUGUAACCUUUUGUCUGUGUUAUCUGAACAGUCUACUUCCUUUGCAGCCUUAGUCACACAACUGAGUCAUCUCAAGUACUCUUUAAGGACACACAGCCCAGGCUGUUCUGAGUCAGAAUAGGCCCCUACAGGUAUAUAUUAAAACUCUUCGUAAUUCUAAUGUGUACUGCUGGUAUAGUUGAACUACUGACCUGGAUCUUAGUCCUAGCCUUUUUGCUUUUGCAAUUUCAGUAUCUUCAUCUCUAAACUAGGGAAACACUGGGAUUCUUUCUUAGCUGUGGGGGAAGGUAUUUGGUUAGAUGACUUUGAAUGAAUAGACUGCUAUGCUGAAAGAGCUUUAUCACACUGUCUCAAAGUAUGUAAAGAUACAUAGGUGGAUGCUCUUACCGCAGCAGUCGUAUGAAUACAUUUUUAGCCAUUUACCUAAGGAAAAAGACAGUUUUUCUAGGUACCAUGAAGGAAGAUUGACCCUGUUGGUAUGCCUGUGGGGGUGGGAUGUGAGUGGGACUGAUAAACUGAUAUUUUUGGUUCGUAUGUACAUACUGGAAGAAUCUUUUCAUAAUAAAUGAGACUAUACAACAAUA